CGCAAUCGAAUCGCAUUCCAACAUGUCACCCAAUCCCGAACACGGGGCUCCGGCACCUACCGACCCUCCGGCUGCUGAUACUGAACAAAAGUCCGACUCGAGCGCCCCGGCGACGCCUCCCCCGGCACCCGUCCCUUCAGCCGACCCAAAGCUCUUCCGACAAAUAACACAAUCACACACCGGCGAGUCCGACCAAGAUGUUGACGAUAUCUACAAAGUCUCCCCCUUAGCCGCCCUCAAGCUCCUCAGCGCUGGCAUCGAGACCCUCGUUUCCUUCACAGGCGACAUCCCGCCCACGCCGCCCCCACGAUCCCCAACCAUCCCCCAUAUGCGUGGCAUGGACGCCGAAAAACAGAGCAUCGUACGGUCUAAUUCCGAGAAGAACCUGGCCAGGCUUUUGCAGCAAAAGAGCGCGACCAAUUCCCCACGGAGACCCUUCAGCCCGGCGCCACAACGGCACCCGCACCCACCUCCCUCGAGAGAAGGGUACAAACAAUCCCAGUCAAUAGACGGCGUCCAACUCCGCACCCCCAACCCAACCCCACCGCCCGGUCUCUCGUCCAGCGACGCAAAAUCGGCCCUUGAACCCUACAUCAUCGUCGGCGAGAACUCCCAGCCGCUCAACACCCAACACUCGGCCAUAACCCGCAAAUUCUACUCGCGACUGCCUCCCCCGAUCUCCAUUACCGACUACCUCCUGCGCAUCCACCAAUACUGCCCCAUGUCCACGGCUGUCUACCUCGCCGCUUCUCUGUACAUCCACCGCCUGGCUAUUAUCGAGCGCGCCAUCGUCGUCACCAAGCGCAAUGCGCAUCGCCUACUUUUGGCAGGCAUACGAGUCGCCAUGAAAGCCUUGGAAGAUCUGAGCUAUCCGCACUCCAAGUUUGCCAAAGUGGGCGGAGUUAGCGAAACGGAGCUCGCGAGGUUAGAGAUUAGCUUCUGCUUCUUGGUCGGGUUUGAGCUGAGAGUGGACGAGGAGGCGCUGAGAGGCCAGUGGGAGAUGCUAAAAUCUGGUGUCGAGGCGUGGGAGGGUGUUGAGCAUGACCUUUAUGGGAAACGAGAGGUGAUUACAUUGAGGAAUCCGCCCCCGGGGAGGGAGGGGAUGCAGGCGGAAGCUGCUGCCGAGGCGUGA